AUGACCAGAAAAUUGCAAAAAGAGGAAGGGCAAAGGAGGAGUCCAAGAGUAUGUGCAUUGGAGGCUCCUUGCAUGAGGCCUAACUUGGAUAAUAAUGGUCAAGGACCGGCAUCCCGUACUAGAGGAACCAAGAAGAAAAGACUGAGGCCACUUCAACAUGUCUCUGCAUCAGCAUCGCCUUCAACUUCAGCUUCACCAAACCAAGGUGCAAAACAUUCUUCUCAUCAAAAUGUUCAAAAGAGAAGUGCUAUUGAUCAACCGUCACAGCUACCAUCUUCAACUCUUUUGCCCGAGAAGCGAAUGCUUGAACAUGUCCUGGACACUUUACAAAGGAAAGACGCCUAUGAAAUAUUUGCUGAACCAGUUGAUCCAAAUGAGGUUGAGGAUUAUUAUACAGUCAUUAAAGAGCCUAUGGAUUUUGCAACCAUGAGGGCUAAACUACACGAAGGGAUGUAUAAGACUCUAGAACAAUUUGAGGUGUGCAUCUUUCAUUUUAUUUCACAUCAUGACAUGUUUCUAAUAUUCAACAAUGCUAUGAAUUUUAAUUCUGCCGGUACCAUAUACUUCAGGCAGGCUCGUUAUAUUAGUGAAGCAGCAAAGAAGGUUUUUGAUGAAUUAAAAACCAAUCCUGAAAAGUUUGAAAUGGAGAACUCAGAAACAAGGCGAAAAGUAGCUCGACGAAACCAAGGAGACUUUAGAGAUUCAACAGGCAUGAAAUCCAAUGAAAGAGUUGUUGAUGAGCCCUCGAAAAAUGCGCCGUGUUCUUCCCGUGGUACAUCGAACCGGAAAAGUGUUAAGGCAAAUCAUGGAUCUUCUGAUAGUACUAAGCGUUUUGAUGCUAGAGAUGUUAAGGUUUCCACAGGUAACAAGGAUAGUGACAAUAGCUGUAGAACUUUGGAGGUUGAUAGGCGCUGUACUUAUAAACCUUUGUCCCUUGAUGAGGAUGAAUCAAUAUUUUCAACAACAGUUUAUGAUAAAUUGAAACGGCUUGAGCAUGUUAAUCAGCAAGAUAUUGGUUACAAAGAUAGCUUGAUGAUGUUUGUUAAAGGUUUAGGACCCACUGCACAAAAUAUAGCUAAAAGGAAACUACUUGGAUGUGAAAUUCAUACGGCAUCUACUGAUUCUCCACUGAAGAAACCAAAUCCUUUUAGCAUAGGUACUACUUCUACCUUGAUGUCUCAAUAUCCUAAUGAGAUGAGAGCCCAUAGUGAAAAGAUUGAUAUAAAGAUUGCAAGUGGAGGGGAAAAAGUGCAAGGGACAUUUAAUGCUGAAAGAGAGAAAGGUUUUAGUCCCUUAGAGAGUAAUGCUCAAGGAAAUCAAAGGUGGUCUUUUGGGUGCAAUAAAGUAUUCCCAAAUCAGAGAUUUUGUCCUGAUUUACACUAUCCAGGUUAUGACAAUAAGGUUGGGAUGAUGAUGUUAUUGGAGAAAUCGAAGACUGUUAAUCAAGAAAACUUGUCAGGGUCAAUUUUAGAGAACUCUCAAACAAAAGGGUUAGAAUCAAGGUUGGAAAACAAUUACAACUUUCAAUCAAGUUCAAGACCUUGGCACUUAGAAAGUGGUGGUGUUUCAUGUUUGGUUCAAGAUAGAAGCCAAUUGAUGCAGAAAUCAAGUUCAAUGUGUGGACCUGGUGUUGGUCAAAAUAUAGAAGCACAUUGUCCAACAAAUGAGGUUGGUUGCUCAUUUCAAGCCGUAAGAAGUUCAAAAUCAGAACAAUCUGUGCCACUGGCUUCCAAUUUUGUUUUCAAUCUUCCUUAUUUGAAGACAAGACUUGAUCAGAUAAACUCCUCAGAACAGCCUAGGUUCUCACAGCAGGAUUUGAGUGGCGGCAAGAACAGGCCCUUUUCUGCUCCAAUGAGGUAUCAUCAGGGAUUCUUGAUCCGUGAUCCUUCAAGUGAUAUGCAAACUACUCUUUACAGUCACAAUCUACAGAAGUUUUGA